AAAAAACUGGUCAAGGCAGCUCGCGCUCGCAGCUCGCGCUCGCGUAGCGCCAUUGGCGCGACCAAAACUCGUAGGAGUUCCCCAGCACAGCACAGCGGACGCGGGCUAAUUGCGUGUUUCAAACACGCUAAAGUGUUUGCAAAGCACCAAUACGUCUCGCAUCCGUUUUUCAAGUAAAAGCGUGAAAGAUGUCGGCCGUCCCGGCGAAGCCCGCGCCGCCCGGCCAGCGCGCCCACCAGAAGAACAAGCCGAGGCCCAUUGAUUUUUAUAGACCGUUGCCGUUCUGCCGGCCGAAAGGAAAAAAUGACUUCAAAUACGUGUCCAUCACCGCCGCCGGGAGAAGUCUCGUGACAGUAAGCAGACAAAAGCUCGAGGCGGGCCUCUUCGAAGGCGUGACGACCUACGACAAAGCUAUACGGUUGAACGUGCCGACGCCGUCGUACCAGGACGUGGAGGACUACGAUCAACUAGUGCCGGAGCAAGGACCUUUACCUCGAGCGUUUCUGCGAAGCAAGCCGCCGAAACGCAGUACCCUCCCAAAAGUACCAGGCGAAAAAGCUGAGGCGGCCCUAGCUUUAGGUAGACCCUUGGGAGCGGCACCACCGGCCGACAUGAGCGGGAAUCCGGCCUGCGCGGAGUCUGACGACGAGCCCGAAUACGUGCUCGGGGCCGACGACGAGCGGUGGCUCCGCGAGACGUUGCCGGACGCCGUGCGGAAGAAGCUUGGCGCGGGAGCCCGAGCCGAAGCGCAAAAAGGCCGCUCGCACAAGAAGGGCGCGGGCAAGGCCGCUCAAUUGGAACAGCAGAAGGCCGAGGAGGAGCGUCGUAAAAGAGAAGAGGCCGAGAAGCGGGCCGCUUUAGCGGCCCAGCCCGCUACUAGAGGCAAGAAGUCCAAGGAGGAGGACCUCGUCCAGGUGUCGACGCGGCGUCCGCAUUUACGCCCCUUCCGUAGAGGACAGCCUGUACGCCAUCGACGCGGCACGGCGACGGCGAGAGCGCCUCCUACGCCAUCGGCGCGGCGAUGGCGUCUGCGAGAGUUUGAUACGGCUCGGGCGCCAUCGACGGCUCGCGACGCGGUCCGACUCGACUCGAAAUUGCAACAGAGACCACCCACCUUCAUCGUUCCUGGGGACGAGUCGCGUCGACGGCGCGAACCCCGCAGGCCAUGGAAGUGGACGAAGCGACGCAGGCCACCGAAGAAAACGUCCAGCGCCACGUCAACGCGCUGACGGGGGCCCAUCUCGAGGCGGUCAUCGACACGCUGGAAGUCCUGACGGGCCCCUGGCCGGGCAUCGUCGCCAAGGGCCAGCAGGCCGCGGACGCGUUGAAAAGCAACGAGCCGACGUGGCGCGGCGGCGUCGGGUCCAAGUUGGUGCUGAAGGAGCCCCAACUAGCCGCUGUCUUGGGUCCCGUGAUCCAUGCGUAUUGGCUGCAGAAGCGGCAGAAGCUAGGGAAACCUUUGUUGAGGCGAUUCUGGCCGGCUACGUCUCCCACUGACUCGAACCCGCACUGCGUCUUCCGACCGAGGGAGAAGGAACGAUACAAGUUGAGGAAACACCGCAAGAACGACGUCGACGCGUUCCGGAAGUUGCAGCAGUUGCGCCGUGACUUCGAGACGGCUCGGGACCUGUGUGCUCUCGCGAGGCGGAGAGAAACGGUGCGUAGAUUACGUGGAGACGCGUCGCGAGGUAGGCUCAGACGCGCCUUGGACACGCUAGCCAAGCAACGGGGCGUCGAAGCGCUGCCCGACCAAUUUCCCUUUGCUGAUCAAGAUGAGGACUACCGCCUCACGCCGAACGAGGUCGCGGCGGCGACGAAGGCUCUCGCCGACGCCGAGGCGGCGAAGAAGGCCCAGGCCCAGCUACCGGUCGGGCUGGGUGUGCCUGUGGUCACGGCGCCGGCGCCCGCACCAGCUCCAGCACCGGCGCCGGCGCCCGCGCCCGCCACGGAUCAAAAGCGGUGGUCCCCCGAGGUCGUGGCUCAAGUACUACGAGAACGCUUGGCGAGUGUCGCGCUGCGGCCAUUAGAGGAGCCGAUGGUCGAGGACGACUAUCCCGAGGAGCGAGGCGCGAUCGCGGCGUCCCGUCGUGGAGAGUCACGCCAUCAACUUGUGUCCAUCUCACGAUGCCGUGGGUGGUUUAUUUUUAUUUCGAGGCCGUUCGGACCGAGUCGAGAGACCACGAUGCUCCGCGCAUGACGUGGUCGCCGUGACGGCGUCGACACGAUGCCGCGCCGCCUCGACGCCGUCGAUGCGGCCGCAUGAGAGCCCACGCGCCUCGUCAGAGAGUCACUGCGUCGUUCCCGCGCAGGCGUGGUCAAAAGAACGGUCUCCGUGAGAGAUAGGGACGACGCUGCUCGUAGACGUAGGAACAAGAAGCAAAGGCGGGCCUUCGAGGAGGACACCUACGCUCUACCGCCUGGUACGAGCAAUGCCACCGCUCGCGCGCAAGCGAACACCCCGAAAAGACCCUUGCACGGCCAACCGGGCCCGGUCUGCAUCCCCCAGAAAGGCUUCAUGGACACGGGCUGGUUGCACAGGGACGACGCCGCUUUGGCCGUGGCUUUGGAUAGAGUGUUCCUCGAUCCCCCGGUGGCCACGGAGGGUCCGGAAGUCAUGGCGCUGCUAAAGCCGCCGCCCGACCCCCUCCCGGAGUCGGAGUUCGCGCCCGACGACAAAGCUACCCAGAAGAAGGACGAGAAGAAGGAGGUCCCCAUGGAGGUGGACACUAAACCUAAGCCUAGAGACCCGAACAAGCCGGUGGACGUCGAGGAUGACAGAGAAGCGAUGAAGGCCGUUACUGCCGCUGCUCAAGCCGAAUUUGUCCGGCUAACCGUGUCGACGGUUCGUAGAAGAGCUCGGGUGGGUCGCGGUGGUCGUGUUCUAGUUGAUAGAUAUGGGAGUCAUACCGUCCCGAAGGCCGUACCGCCGCCCGAUUCCAAACCUUCUUCUCACGUAAGACCGGCAUCGCCUCGACCGACGGCGCAACGGCAAGCUUCGUUCACUGGUAGAGUGCGGUACGCUUCUUCAGCUCGCGUCUCGGCGCCGCCCUUAUCUUCCACGAAAAAACCGAGGGGUAUUGCAAGGGCGGGUUGGUUCUCGUUAACGGAUGACGGUUAUUCCUCAUCGUCGUCGGACUGCGACAGCGUGAACGAGGCCCCACAAAUCAUCCCGGAGGCGCCGCCGCCACCGCCGCCCCCAGAGCCCGAGAGGGAAAAGAGCCAGCCCUGUGCGGCGUGUCGCGGCGCCCAUUCCGCGCACACGUGCGGCACGCGCGGCGCGUCCGCCGAAGCGGCGGCGGCGGAGGCGCGCGAAGCGGCCGAGAAGAUAGCGGCGGCCGCCGCGGCGUCGCAGGCCGUGGAUGCCUUGGCUCCUGCCGAUGUUGGAAGGACGCGAGGUGGAACGAGAAAACUCCAGGACGAGGACGAGUACGGGCCGCCCGUCGAGCCGCCGCGGCCUUUUUGGGUCGGGGUCGCGGAUUCCGAUUACCGGGCGCGGAUGGCGACGUUACCUGCCAGAAGGCCGGCGACGACGUGCCCGCAGCAGAGGUUGGCCGAGAUCUACGGUUUAUCUGAUAGCGAGGACGAGGACCUCUACCCCGCGGACCAGCCGGACCUCCCUUAUACCACUCCGGGGGCGCCCCGGAUCAAGUUCGCCGUGGACGCUUGAUAAGUUAACGUUAGACUUU